AUGUAUCACAAGUGCCCCGUCCAUCAAAUGGAUGUUGCAAAUGCCUUCUUACAUGGUGACUUACAUGAGACAUUCUACAUGUCUCAACCUCGUGGAUUCAAAGAUAGCCUACAUCCCAACCAUGUCUGCCUUCUCAAAAAGGCUAUAAACGGCCUAAAGCAAGCCCCAAGGCAAUGGUUCAAUACAUUUUCUGCAUACCUUCUCUCGCUCGGCUUCAAUCACAGCCAGUCCGAUCACUCACUCAUAAUUCUCUCCACAACCCAUCUUCAAAUUUAUCUAGUCAUCUAUGUUGAUGACAUCUUAGUAUCUGGUACUGACGACACAGCAGUCCAGAGCUUCAUUGAUCAAAUCAGCAGCAAGUUUACCAUGAAAUUCCUAGGCUAUGCUCAUAUAUACAUUUCUUGGUAUUCAAUCCAAACCUACAGCAAUCACUACUUUCUCUCCCAAACUCCAUAUGCCCUCUCCAUUCUUUAUCAAGCUGGCCUCCAGCAAUGCAAACCUCUAUCAAAUCCCAGCAAUACAAAACCAGCUACAAUUCCUUUCUUCGAUCCUAUCAUUCAUAACCCUCUAAUCUACAAACAGCUCACCAGGUCCCUUCAAUACCUCACUAUCACUCGACCUGAUAUUGCCUAUGCGGUUAAUGUCCUAUGCCAACAUAUGCAUGCUCCUCAACCGACACACUUUCAUCUCCUCAAAAGGUUGUUUCAGUAUAUUCAAGGCACACCACAUUUUGGAUUACCCAUAGUUGCUGACUCCCUCCAGCUCCGAUCUUUCUUUGACGUUGACUGGGCAAGUGAUAUCAUCACUCGACGAUCGACGACUGGCUACUGUUCCUUCCUGGGUUCCACUCUCAUUUCAUGGAGCGUCAAGAAGCAGCAUAUCGUGGCUUGUUCCUCCACGGAGGCUGAAUACCGAGCAAUUGCAGUAGCUACAGCAGACAUUCUUUGGCUGUGCAGAUUGCUAACAGAGUUCAAUGUAUCUCCAUCUGCCUCAACUAUAUUUCACUGUGAUAACAUGUUGGCAAUUGCGCUAGCCAACAAUACGAUAUUUCAUGCCUGGACCAAACACAUAGAAAUUGAUCACCACUUCCUUAGAGAUCACAUUCAAGCAAAACAUGUCCGAGCAAGGCAGCAGGAUUGGUGGUUGAUCGAGACUGUCGAUGAAUCCUUUCACUAUGGAUGCCUGGGGCGUCACAACAUUUCUGGUGGCAUUCCAGCAAAAAAAUAUGGGAAACCGAGUCUUUUCAGUAAGCAAAUUGCGGUGUUUUCUCCGCCGGUAUCUCAGGCGGAAAAUGUAUAUAAUGCCAGAAAUACCGGCGGAUAA